AUGUUGAGCUUUCUUAAAAAGCACUGCAUUUCAAAACCACGGAAAAAUAAAAUCCUUGUCAUACAAGAAAUCGUGAAGCCGAUAUACAUGGUUGCAUCGUUAUUCGGUCUAUUUCCUUAUAGGCUGAAGUUCCAAAAAAAUACGAAUUAUUUCGUAAUAGUUCGUAAAUCCCUUUACGUCAAUUCGCUAAGUGGAAUAUCGGUCGUGAUGUUUGUUCUUGCAUUCCUUGUCUUGCAUAUCCAGGACGUAUUUUUGUCCAGCGAAAACGCUUCAAUGACCGAAGUCAUUAUGACGCAAAUGAAUUACGUACUCGAAUUGGUUUUACUUGUUACCUUCUGCGUUGUUACUUACACUUGUGUGUUUCUACACCGUGAAUGUUAUUUGAAAAUAUUAAAUACAGUGAUCGCCACUUGGUACGCAACGCCACCUAACAGAAGAAACCAAAGUAUCCUCACCCGUCUACGAUUUCAAGUAAACUUUGUAACUAUGGGCAGCCUCUUUGCAAUUUUACUCAUACAAGUAGUUGUCAACUUUACCCGGGAGAGCAGCUUGUGGAAGAUGAUACUCGUCGCUUUAACUUUUGAUUUACCGCAAAUAAUACAGUUCGUAACUUUAGCUCUAUACUACGUGCUUGUCAUGAUGGUAGUUGCUUUGUUAAAAAACAUCAAUGAACAAUGCUCUGAACUUGUAAAUGAUAAGAAAAUUCUCUCUGAUGGAUUGAUUAAAGUCAAAUCUAAGCAAUUGGUUACGCUACGUCAAAUGGAGUUAAGUUACGUUAAAGCGUUUGCAAUAAAAACGUAUAUAAAUGAAGCAUUUCAAGGGCCAAUCCUUGCUUCUGCGAUACAGUGUUUUCACUCGAUGGUGAGCGAGGCCCACAUUAUCUAUCAUGGAGUCGUGGUGGAUCAAAAUCUCAACACACACGACGUUAUCAAUUGCUCUAUUUGGAUUUUUUAUCAAAUUUUGAAAAUUUAUUUACUGGCCUAUGCCGGGAACUUGCUAAAACUUGAGGCUAUGAAAAUUGGGCAAACUCUACACAAUAUUCCAACAGAAAAUCAAGAUUUAAGAUGGCUGUUGGAGAUUCAACACUUCUCGUCACUCAUGUCUUAUCAACGAAUUGAAAUGACUGUGUACGAGUAUUUUCCAAUUGAUGCCACUUUACUGUACAAUAUGCUUGCGUCCGCGACGAUGUACUUAAUUAUUUUAGUGCAGUUUGAUAAAAAAGUAUAAAUAAUUAAAUAAACAGCGAC